AUGCUGUUCAUCUUUGUGCAUCCCGGUAUAUUUCUGGUUGGUUUGUUCCUGACAAUUGUGAGCGUCGCCAGUCUAGGUUCCUCCUUCGUCUUGCUCAACUCUUUUCUUCCGCUUCUCGUAGCAAAUCAUUCCUCGAUAAGCCAGAGUCAGGAGUUCCACUCUGUGCCACUUGAUAAUGUCCUCUCAGUCUCCGAAGACAGUGAUGGCGACAGCGACGACGACAACGACAACGAUGGCGAUAUUCCAGACAAUGAAGACUUGGCGCAAGAUAGGCUUGCGACUGUUGCGCUUCUCAGUCGUCUACCCCAGCAAGCGUUAAGCACCGUACCUGGAGACGUUUCACCUUCACUGAAGCUCUCCAACAUAAUCUCGUCGAAAGGAAUUGGUUUUGGAUAUGCUGCAUCGGUUCUUGUGCAAGUCAUCAGCAUCACCAUAAUUUUCGUUUACCGCCAGGCUCAAGCUUCAGGGUCCAAAAUCUCAACAACCAUGCCCCUGCGUACUGUUUUGUUUCUGGUCGGAUUUGUAUGGGCUGCAUUCACGGUACCCACCGCGUGUUGGCUCCGCCGUCGGCCGGGACCGCCAUUGCCCUGGAACGUCGGCAACAAGAAGUCAAGAGGAGGCAUAGUUCCCGGGCUUCGGUAUAUGCUUUUCUCAUGGGUCUCUUUAUGGCGAACCAUACUGAUUGCCGUACAACUUCGGGAAGUACUCAAAUUUCUCCUAGGCUGGUUCCUUCUCUCUGACGGCAUUGCCACGAUCACUGGCACUGCGAUUCUAUUUGCCAAAGUUGAAUUGCAACUCGGCGCCGCAGCCAUAGCACUUCUGUCCAUCACUGCGACCGCAUCAGGUAUCGUCGGUGCCUUGUGUUGGCCUAUGAUCGGCCGUUGUUGGAACAUCAAGCCUAUAUCCAUCCUGCUCAGCUGUAUCUGCCUAUUCGAGCUUAUUCCUCUUUACGGACUGCUCGGUUUUGUCCCAUUUAUCAAAUCGCUUGGCUUCCUUGGCUUGCAGAAAUGGUGGGAGAUCUACCCUCUUGGUGCACUCCUUGGGUUUAUUAUGGGAGGUAUCUCAUCGUAUGCUCGCUCAAUAUUCGGCACCUUGAUCCCUCCCGGGAUGGAAGCCGCCUUUUAUGCGCUAUACGCUGUCACAGAUAAGGGAAGUUCGGUAAUUGGCCCAGCCGUGGUGGGACGUAUUAUCGACAUCACAGGAUCCAUCAGAAUGGGAUUCUGGUUUCUUGCUAUCCUUAUGAUAUCCCCUGCACCCUUUUUUUGGUUUGUAGAUGUGGAGAAAGGCAGGGAAAGCGGGCUGAUUAUGGCUGAGAAGAGAAACGUAUCGCACGCGAAUGAAUCCAGCAUCCACAUGUGA